CUACUGCUGACAAAUGUCUUUACAAACUCCUAACCAAAAUUCUUUGUUACAAGAGAAGUUUGAUGCGUUGGGGGGAUCCCAAUGAAACCAAACUGAUUGUGAGAACGGAAGAAAUACUGGUAAACAAAUUAUUUAAAAAAAGUAAAAAAUAAAUAGAAAAGAAAGCAAAGUUGUGGUAAAUCUAGGACAUGCCUUGGAUUGUUCUCUUUAUAUAGAUUCUGGAAACCAGGGAAUUCUCUUUGAUUGCAUAAGCCAUCUGUCAAAGCCAAAGUAUGCUUUUUGUAAAGCCAUAAAGGGGAGCCAAUAUUUUUGCAUUAGAAGAACUUGAGCAAAAAGAAAAGAAAACCAGCUCCUGAAGCAGAUUCUUCUUCUACAUUGAAGCAUACUCAAUGCCGGAGAAAGGAGGUAGCUUUCUUCCACCACCAUCCAGUGCAUGGAUGCUUCGUUCGAGUCCAUUGCAUCAAUGGCGUUUUGGCUUGUUAACAGCUUUGGUUUUUGUUGGUAUGGUGGUCUUUUGGAGCAUAGAUGGUUGCACUGUAAAGAACUUUAUCCAGUCUUGGCAGUUUAAACAAGAUUACAUUACCAUGAAAGUUAACUCCUUGGCUAAUCUCAACCACCCUUACCAAAAUCCAGCACAUUCUUUACGAAAUCUUACUUUAAAUCCCACUUUAAACACUAGCCGUUUCCCAAUUUAUAGUAUAAACUCUAGUGUUUUUCCUCUUAAUUCAUCCCUGGAAAGCAAAAAUGUUACCCAGAUUAGUUCAAGGGAAAUGGCAAAUUUUUCCAGUGUUGAAAACUCUGAUGAGAAUUUGACCACGUUUAAGGAUUCGUCAAGUUUGAAAUGGGUUUCCGCUGAGCUGGAGCAGAACUAUACAGCAAAUCUGUUAGCUAGAUGGUUGGCUCCCGGAGGAGAGCCGUGUAGGGAUUCUCAGACUGUGGAAAUCAAGAUUCCUGGUUUGGAUGGAGAGAGUUUGGUGGAGUUAUCAGCUGGUGAAAUCCAUGAGUUUAUGUUUCAAGCGGUUGAUGAGUCUGGGAAUGGUCGUUGUUUAGGUGGGGAUUACUUCGAGGCUGAUCUUUCAGGAGAGUCAUGGAAAUCUAGGCCUCCGGUGAAAGAUUUUGGCAACGGGUCUUACUCGGUUUCUCUUCAGGUUCAUCCUGAUUUUGCUGGUGAAUAUAAUCUCACUGUUAUUUUGCUUUUUAGACAUUUUCAAGGUCUUAAAUUUUCACCUGCAAGGUUUGCUUAUGACAGACAGUUACGCCAUAUAGGGAUCAGGUUUUAUAGGACUAAAGCUCGAUUGACAGAGCUGCCAAGUUGUCAAAAAUCUGAUUUUAGUAAAGAUGUUUGGUCUGGGAGGUGGACAAGACAUGGAAAGAAUGAUGAUUGCCAAAUUAGUAAUGAUGGUAGAUAUCGGUGCCUAGCCGCAGAUUUUCCAUGUCAAAAUCCAUGGUGUAAUGGUUCAUUAGGAUUGUUAGAGAGUAAUGGUUGGGUAUACUCAAGCCAUUGUUCGUUUCAGUUGUUUCUGGCUGAUUCUGCUUGGAAUUGCUUAAAGAAUAGAUGGAUUUUCUUCUGGGGUGAUUCGAAUCAUGUGGACACUAUUAGGAAUAUGCUUAAUUUUGUCCUGGGUUUGCCUGAGAUAAAAUCAGUACCCAGAAGGUUCGACAUGAAUUUUUCAAACCCAAAAGAUCCCUCUCAGACAGUUCGGAUCACUAGCAUUUUCAAUGGUCACUGGAAUGGGACUCAGAAUUACUUGGGUUUGGAUUCUUUGAAAGAUGAAGGGUUUAGGAAUUUGUUAAAGAAGUACUUCUCAGAGGACACUGUCCCAGACACUAUCAUCAUGAACUCUGGCUUACAUGAUGGUGUUCAUUGGUCCACUAUAAGAGCAUUUUCUCAUGGGGCAGAGUAUGCAGCAACAUUUUGGAAAGAAGUUAUGGAUUCGGUGAGGCAGAGAGGGUUAGUAGUGCCACAAAUCAUUUUCCGGAACACAAUUGCUACUGGUGGAUAUGCACGAUCACUGGCAUUUAAUCCUAAUAAGAUUGAGGCAUUUAAUGGGGUUCUUUUAGAGAAAUUGAGGCGAGCUGGGCUUGUUUCUGGUGUGAUUGAUAACUUUGAUAUGACUUUUCCGUGGCAUUUUGACAACAGGUGCAACGAUGGGGUGCAUUAUGGCAGGGCUCCGCUAAAGAUGAAAUGGAGAGAUGGUGAGGUUGGACACCAGUAUUUCGUUGAUCUCAUGUUAUGUCAUGUGUUGCUUAAUGUUCUAUGUGCAAGAUAGCAGAGCAAGUGAUAGGAGGUUUACUGGAUGUUUUCUGGGUGGAGAGCCCUCGGAAAGUGGCAUCUGUGACACCUUAGAGUCAUGGAAAUUGUAGGCAGUGCUAGACUGCAGGUAGAGACGGCUUAGGUUGUGCUUGGAGGCAAAUUCUCGAGGCAGUGCGUUCCACACACUUCGGUUCAUAUUGGUCAUUCGAGUAUAGUCAGUAUUCUUUAUUUGUUUAUUGAUUUAUUACUAUAUAUAGAUGUUUUCUUAUAUUGAGUUCCUUCACUUGUACAUCAGUAGAAGCCCUUGAGUUUCAAGGACUGAUUUUUGUAUAUUGAUUAUCAUACGGAAUUGUAGUCGUUGCUCAUGUCUGGUAAAGUUGGAACAUGAAAUGCAUCCAAGUGGAAAUGAGGUUCACUAGUCGCUAGGCAUCGUGAUUGUAAGCCCGUGUUUGUAACUUUGGAAAUUCAGCUUUGCUUUAUGUAGAAAUUGUGAUUUCAUGGCAUCGUUUGGCCACAAUCUGCUGCAUUAGCCAUCUAUAGGUUCAUAAUGUUGAAUAUCUAGAGAUUGUGGAACUUGUA